AUAAUUUAAACGUCUGACUGACCUCGUGGCACCACAUACCACAGUUGCACGCUUGUCUAGAUUGAAACCACGAACGUUCACUGAUUCAUUUGACGAGCCUCUUUUAGCUAAUUCUUCAUGGUGAUGGAAAAUCAGUUAAGUUAAAGCAAAUUGUUCGGAUUAUCUUGCGUUUAAAGAUCAGAUUCCACAUCAGAAAUGCUGCCAAACAACUCCACUCAAUAAGUGUAAUUAAGGACAUGUGAGAGCGAGGCACUGCAAAUUCAUAUGCAGAAUGAGUACGUGUGAACCAAGAGAUUGGGACAUCCCAGUGUCGUAUACAGCACAGAACACGUUUAAUCCUAUAAGAAAUGUUGUGGAGACAAUGCACAUCGAGGAAAAUCCUCAAUUGGAGGUGAUUCGUCUCACUGUUGGUGAUCCCACAGUUUUUGGCAACCUACCACCAAGUGAAGAAUGUGUUCGGGCGCUCUGUGACGCAAUAAAGUCAGGAAAAAACAACGGCUACAAGCCAGCCUAUGGAUGCAAAGAGGCACGAAAUGCCGUUGCAAAAUACAGUUCAACACCUGAAUACAUCGUGGAUGCUGAGGAUGUUGUCUUGGCCAGCGGUUGCUCUGGAGCAAUCGAGAUAGCAUUGAGCGCCCUAGUUGAUCGUGGUUAUAACAUCCUAAUUCCAAGACCUGGUUUCUCUCUUUACAAAUGCAUCUGUGGAUCGAGGGGGAUUGAAGCACGAUCUUAUAAGCUGUUUCCUGAAAAUGGUUGGGAAGCCGACUUGGACGGUAUGGCUUCACUUAUUGACGAGAGAACAAAGCUUAUUGUCGUUGUCAACCCAUCAAAUCCCUGUGGUUCUGUGUACAAAAGAGAACAUUUGGAAGAAAUUUUGAACAUUGCUGAAAAAUACCGCGUCCCAGUUCUCUGUGAUGAAGUUUACGCGCAUGUCACAUUCGGCAAAGAGCCUUUCCAUAGCAUGGGAAGUUUAACAAAAAAUGUUCCUGUUCUAGUUGUCGGUGGCAUUGCCAAAAGGUUCUUGGUGCCAGGUUGGCGUAUCGGAUGGAUUGUAAUUCACGACAGAAAUAAUUCCUUUGGUUUUAAGAUAAGACAAGCCUUACGACGUCUCUGUCAGGUUAUUGUUGGUCCAUGUUCGGUGAUACAGGCUGCACUACCGACGAUUCUUUCCGAUUGUCCGACUCAGUUCUUUGAAAAAACACUCAAUCUUAUGAAGAAAACAUCAAAUAUAUUCUACGAAAGUCUUUCAUUACUUUCAGAACUUUAUCCAGUCCGCUCACAAGGUGCUAUGUAUAUGUUGAUCGGUAUCAAAGUUGAUAGGUUACACAACGUGAAAGAUGAUGUUGAUUUUACACAGAAAUUGAUGGCCGAACAAUCAGUUUUGUUUUGCCAGCAACGUGUUUUCAAUGCCCCAACUUUUUUCGCGUUGUCCUCACAUGUCCCGUGGAAGUCGCGCGAGUCGCUUGCGAGAGGAUCGCGCAGUUUUGUCGUGAUCAUCGAAAGAACGCUUUGACCAAUGGACACAUGGAUCAUGGGAUUGGGAUUUAUCACGUCAACGGUUAUUGAUAUUUCAAAAUAAUAUCAUAGAACUUCUAAAACUCAAAAAUAUGGCGAUGGCGGCUUCUGUAUGUUUUUAGUCUGUGCCAAAUCAAAAAUGGCUAAAAGAUUAGCGUUCCAGUUUGUGUCAAAACCAUUGAACUAUAAUACAUGGAACGCUACCUGAGGCAAUUAAUUGAAGCCAAAUCUUAACUAGACACGUGAUAUUCCACCCCAGACACGCGUGUUUAGUGUUUCGAGAUUCUCUCACUGAGAGAAAAGUGAUUGACUACACACGCGUGUCUGGGAUAUAAUCAUGGCUUCAAAAAAUUUUUUUCACAGGUAGUGUUCCCCUUUUUUAAGGUUUUUCUAGAAUGCUAGAAGUAUAUUUAUUAUAUUAAUCAAUGUAGUUGUGAAUAUUUGUGUAUAUCUUUUAUUAAUGGUGGUCUUGGUAAUAUUAUAAGGCGACAAAGGA